AUGAGAAGCAUUCCAUUGCGACUUGCAGUGGCGGCUCUGCUGCUGCUGCUGCUGGUGCUGGGCCUGGCCACACAAUUGGAUGCCAGCGCCUCGAACACGGGCUGGCCAUCGCACUCUUCAUCGUCGUCGUCGUCGUCGUCGCUCUUUGGCCGCAAUUCUCGCAAUUUGCGGCAUCGCAAUACGGCAGCUGCUGUUGGCGAUCUGGCCGCCGAUGUGCCGACAUUCGAUAUGAUUGCCAGCAAUUUGAACAACGCGGCGUAUAACAAUGAAUAUGGUCAACUAUUUGUGCCAUAUGCCAUCGAGUCGCAGUCGCAGCAGCAGCCACAACAACAACAGCAACUACAGCAACCGCAUCAACAACAACAGGCCAUGGCACCUCUAUCGUCGCCACUGCGUCAGCAACAGACCGAAGUGUAUGGCAUUGUGGAGCCACUGAUUGAGGACACGCCCUGCGCCAACCGCGCCUGUGUUCUCAACGAUGAUUGCUGCCCCACAGGAGUCUGUGUCAACACCUAUGGCGAGGGCAAGUGCGUUUAUGUCUUUGGGCGUCAACGGGAUUUGUGCCAGCGUCAUGCGGACUGUGCACCAGGCAGCGCUUGCAUGCUUGCCCCCCAGGAGGGAAUUUGGCGCUGCGAAACGGAUGCACCGCUCUUGCAGGAGAUGUUCAAUGUGCGGGCCAAGCAGCCGCUAGGAGGCGAAUGCACCAGCAGCAGUGACUGUCAGGUGAUCAACGGCAUGUGUUGCCAGCAACAGCGUUUGCAUCAUCGUGCUGCCACAAAGUUGAGCUGCGGCUACUUUCGUGAUGCCUUCGACUGCGUAAAUGUGGCUCAAGAGCAUGUGGCUAGCAUUUUCCAGCAUCGCCGCAACUGAAGCUGACCACUUGAGAGGCAAACGGCACCGAUUGAUAAAGAGACCCACAAAGAGAAUAUUUCAAUUACAUAUCAAAUGUUUAAACCAAAUACACAUAUCACUCUUGAUGUUUAUAUAACUAUUUAAGUGCUUUAAUAUAUACACAAAAUAAUAAUAAUCGAUACAAGUUUUCUGUAGACAUAUAUAAUUAUUUACCCAACCAAAGGAAAAAAAUUAUUAAAAUAAAAUACUGACUGAGGCAUUCAAUGUUAUUACAGCAAGUAUUACAAUAUUAACUUUUAUUCCAAAUUAGCUCGUUCCAAGUCUAAAUGUAACAACACAAUCACAACAUAAUAAUAUAAUUAUAAUAAUAAAAGACCAUAACCAAUAUGUGAACUGUACUUUUCCUUUACAAGCACAUUGUAUUCCCAUUCGGAUCAAGUCAAGUCAAGUCAAAAGCAAAAAGGAAAAGAUAAAUUAUACAUUAAAAUUUAAUCCUAUGCGAAUAUGUUGUUUUAAUAAACCAACAAAAAAAAAAGCAACCAAAGCAAAAACAUGUUAAUGAAGAAACAAUGUAAACAAACGAGUAAGCAAAUAAACAUAAAAAAAAAAAAAAAAAAAAAAAAAAACAAACAAAAUGUAAGGCACGCGUAAA